GUCGACGCCAUCUUAGUUGUGGCAGAUGCCGUAGCCUGUGUUAGAAUGUAGGCGCCAUCUUGGUUGUGGCAAUGUAUUGAAGAGAGGCUGGAUGAGGGAGGUGGGGGCUGUUUCCGGAAGGGUUGAGCCAGUCACUGGGUGUAGCUGGUACACUGGCUGCCUGGGAUUGUUUAUGUUUUGCUAACCCCCUCUGGGAUCGCUGGGAUUUGUUUUGGCUGGAUUACAUACACCCUGUGAGUGUUUGCCAUCACUUUGUAAUGAGGUUUGGGGUAAUCUGUAUCACUUUAUAAUUGUUUAACAUUAUUUACUGUACAGGUGGUUAGAGAGCAGGGAGCAGCACUGGGACUGUAAGGAUAAUUAAUAAUAAUAACAAUAGCAAGAGUGGCCAUAAGGUAGGGAUCUACUUUAUGGGCAACUCCCUAUUUUAGGAAAUUUUGCCUCUGGGAAAAGUAGAGGAGGAUUAUAUUGUGUUUUUAAUUUGCUAUUGUGAUUUAAACUGGUGAUAAUUCUUUCUGAAAGGGAAUACAAUUUGUGUAAAAGGGUUAUUCACUAAACACAGCAUAAAUUAAAUCAAAAAGGCAAAAUUAAAGCAACGAACCAAGCAUCAUAACCGCUACAGCUGUAGUGGUUAUGGUGUGAGAAGUGCUCUGGCGCAAUACCAGGGAACAUAAUCUGACUGUCUGAAAAUAGCCUUAUCUGGAAAAAUGUGAUGUUUGGGGAAUAACACUAAUAAAUGCACUAAUAUAAAAUGCAAACGUCAGGGUAAAAGAGCAAAGUUGUGACUAUAUCUGUGAUUACUUGUUCUUUGUUUUUAACUCAAAGGGACCGUCCUCUGGCUUUUCUCAAACUCUUUUGGAGCAGAAAGCUAGACUAUGGGGACCUGCCAUAGACGACCUCCUGCUUGGUUACACUGAUAAUGUGGAAUUUGCACUUUCACAUGAUCCAUUUCAGUUCUGUCCAACAUGCAUGUCAUUGACUGGCUGAGUUUAUUGGGCUAACCCCCAAAACGCUAUACCUGUCAUUGUUGUUCAGUUUAGCACCCAGAGACCGCCCCAAUCUCCAGCCAACUUGACUUAAUGCUAAGAUAUUAUACUCUAGCAUCAGUCAGGCUAACACUUGGUGACCCAUUCGGAUGCUAUCUAGUCACUAGAUAGGCCGGGUGGACCUUGAGGGAGGAGAGGUGGCCUCUCUUUCGAUCCAGAGCAAACCAUGUCUCUAAGUUAGCUAGUUAGUGCCUCAUUUCUCCACCCCCCCUUCGGACUUGUGGGGGUUAUCCUCGUCUACACUACAGAGACAUCCUCCCCUUAACAUGGGCUCUACUGUGCUGGCAAGCGGCAGACUAGCUGCACAUAAUGCCCACUCAACAUGGCAGAUGCCAUGUACUCUUCUGAAAACCAAAGCUUUGCAACCAUAUCCCAGCUAGACAGGCUAGCCCGAUAUCUGAACCCCAGUACAUGGCGGAUGCUAAAUCGGCCUGCGCAGCUUACAUCGGCCUCCGAUACAUCAUGUCAAGCAUUCCUUCGUAAUUCCUACUACUAAUCAGGCUAGAAUAUGGCCUGGGAGGUCAAAAUGCUGGCCUGCUGGAAGUGUAAAGAACCUUCUGAUCGGACACACGCUUUUGGAGGCCAAACAGUUAGUUCUACCAGAGGACAAAGGUUUUACAGGGGGCUUUGCUUCCUAUACAUUUAUUGGAUCCAAUCUCUGCAUCACUGUUUGAAGCUUAUGCAUACGCCUAGGCUACUGGGCAUUUGGCUGUCUCCUCAAAUAUGGCACUCUGCUCUACCCUUGGAGGAUAUUGGCUAUCUUGGACUUUUAUCUUGAUUCAUAGUUGUAGCGGAACCCUUGUUCUAGCAGGGACUCUCCGCUGGUUUCUCCAACAUACACUCAGGAACAAGGAGAACACGCCAAGGGAACAGCCAAACACCGUAAGAUACUCCAGGAAUCUCCCACUUCCUCCCCAGCAACUGGACGACACUCAGCUCUGGGGGUAUAACUGAUUUUAAUGGAGCCACAGCGCCUUUAUUGUGAGUAACCAUGCAAGGGGUUUCCAAAUACACAUUCCAGGGGCAUUCCCCACUGGACCUGAGAGUAGACUGAGACAAAAAUAUACAACAUAAUUACAUUAACACUCAGGUCCAGUACAUGUAUAAUAAUCACCCCAACACAUACAGUUCCCCACAAGAUACCCCCUUAAGUCCUAUAUCCCCGGAUAGUCUGGGUCUGAGUGCCCAACAUAUCCGAAAAGUGCUCAGAUCCUACGAACGCAGCCGAAACGCUACUGGGGUAUAGUUUAGACCGACCGCACACGAGGUGCCUGCCCAAAAAGGUUCCAUGAAAUCAGGCUGUGUGGUCGGUCUUUUUUGGAAGUAUUAAAUAUGCAAAAAACACGUCACGAACUGUUCGUGCAGAUAUUCUUUCUGUGUAUCUUGUUCGGGAGUUUGCUCCCCCCGAACGCCACUUUGUUCGUCUGAAGCCCCGCGACCAUAAAGGAAGGGGGAAGUCCCAGCCGUGUUCACGCUGUCAGAUUUUUGUUCCAUACACUUGACGACCGAACAGCGCUGUCUCUGUUCAUGGCUAAAGAUGGCCACCGUCACAUGUUCACACAUACGAACGGCGGCCACCCAGCCGACCACUUUGAAUGUUCAGGUUAUUGCGGUUGGUGGAGGUUUGAACAGAGGUUACUGGGGUUAAGGAGUGGCACACUCCACAUGGGUGGUCUGGCAUUCGGUAAUUUGUUUGGUUGUCGAGCAAUAUGUUAAUAUGUGAGAUGACUGUUAUUUUACCGAAUGGCCAGACGAACAGGGACAAGAACACGAUGAUCCAGGGACUAUGAUCACGAAGCAAAGGAAAUAACAGGAGGGACAAGAUACGGACAGCCCAUAGCAGGAAUAGGGGUAACAGUCCAAGGUUCAUUCCGCUACAAUAGCCAUCCAUUUAUCCUGGUCAGCAGUGGAGACCAUUGAGCAAAUUAUUUCUCUAUUAUUUCAGUGUGAGUUUUUUGUUUUUUUUCAUCGGCUCUUCACCUAACUAUCUCGCACCUAGAACUCCUAGGUGUAUUGUUUCGUUGACAUUGAUUAUAUUUUGUCUAUUGCUAUGCAACAUGCUUAUUCUUCAUGCGAUAUGGCUAGCAUAUAACAUGGUUAGUGUUGUCUACUAAUUAAGCAAGUUAUUCUACUAAUUUCCUAUAUUAUCUGAUUUCAAAUUGUACACAAUCGUUUGUGAUAUCACCAUUGUACUACGAAAAUAAAAAUGUACAAAAUAAGAGAAUGGCAGGUGAUUCUAUGGAUAUAAUAGAUCUUAAGCAGAGUAUAGAUUUUAAUAAAUGUAAUUGUUUAUUUGAAGCACAUUAAACUACUUUUUAUCUUUCUGCCAUGGCACAGAACAGGUUAAUACACAGAGCGAUCUAAAGCUCCUUAGGCAAAGCCUUAUUUAUUGUCUUAGCUUUGCUACCUGGCUCUUGGGUCAUACCUGAUCCUAAUAUGUAGCAACAUACAUACUUUCAUUUGUACUGUAUAUCUUUGCCAGAAAAAUAUGUGUGGAAUUCCCGAUGUGCCGUGAUACCAACAAAUCUAUGUCACUUCAGUAAUUAAGGUAGAAAACAAUAGAAGGGUUUAUGUGUUUUGAGUAGCUCAUUAUUGUAACAAUUACUUUUUUUCAUUCCAAAAGAGACUUUGAUGAGGUGAGCAGCUACUAUCGAAAGUCCUGCUGGUAGUUUUUGCUCUGAGAAUCCCUCUCUUCUCCUCUUGGACACCAUGGGAAACAGUGCCUUGAAAGCCCACAUAGAGACAGCACAGAAGACCGGUGUGUUCCAGUUAACAGAAAAGGGUUUACCAGAGGUAAGAGAAGAUACGUUUAAAGGAGAUAGCCUAUGGCUUGAUUGUGUAUGUGAUACUUUAUAUCAGGGCUGAAAUACAACUUUUGUUCCUGACAAACGAGAUGAGAACAUCUUUUAAUCUUACCUGACUGGUCUCAUGGCCUCCAGAUGCACUGCUUUUCUUCUCAUUUUGCAGUUUUACAGCAUCCUGAGUAACAGCCACAAGAACGGUGGGGCAUGAUGCUACUUAGGAGAGCAGACGGAGCAAAAAACUUUCUUCUUCACUUACUGGCUACAGUUUUCUGAAUGUGGAGCUAGUGAUGGGCUGAGAAUGUCAGUUGACGCUCACCCUUUCAGCAUUUCUCAGUCUGAGACUUCCUGAUUGACACCUCAGACCUGCAGAGGAAGAAGAGUCAGUGAUUGGGUGCUGGCUUGCAGACUUUGGGGUUAAAUGGCUCAAAGAAACACUAUGGCAUUAGAAAUACAAACAUGUUCCUAACGCUACAGUGUUCUAGAACUUUUUUUGAUUUCUGCUCCUAUAUCAAAUAAAUAAAUAAAUAAAUAUAUAUAUAUAUAUAUAUAUAUAUAUAUAUAUAUAUAUAUAUAUAUAUAUAUAUAUUAGAAAGCGUAACUCAUCUUUGGCUUCUCAUCCAAUCCAUUGAAUCAUUGCAUCUCUAUGGGGAAAGUUCAGUGUCUCCAUACAGAGCGUGGAGACUCUGAGCUAAGCCAGGACCACAUCUAGUAGCUGUCUGAGGAGUGUCCACUAGAGGGGUCCCUAGGCUGUACUGUAAGCACUGCCUUUGCUCUGAAAAAGCAGUGUUUACAGCAAAAAACCGACAGGGAGUAGACACCAGAACAACUACAUUAAGCUGUAUUUGUUUUGGUGACUAUAGUGUCCCUUUUACACUGGGGCAAUCAGUUAGAUAUGUUUUUUUCCUACCUUGUGAGAGAUGGCACCAUGCUAUCCAUGCAAAAACUUGAUGCUUUAUCAGUGCUACAGCCUGAGCCUCCAAUGUAUGUCUAUUUUUUGUUUUAACACAGUUCCCAGAGGAUCUGCAGAGACUGGUAGGAAACCUACGGACAAUUAAUCUGUCCAGUAACAAGAUAGAAGUGUUACCACCGUGGAUGGGGAAAUUCAGCGUUCUCAAAAGCUUGUCACUGAACCAUAACAGACUGAGUAAGAGAAUCAGUAUAGCUGCUAGCAGAUCCUAGUGAGACUUUGUCAAGACCUUGUAGGAAUAUUGUCACUAAAACAGAUAAAACAUGUUGCAAUUCAUUCAUGAUGGAGUAUACUUUGUUAAAUAUCAUCAUCUGUUUACACUGCAAAUAUAGAAUGUACAAACACAGAAUUGCCAGCUGAAGGCAAAAAGAGAUUUUAAAAAUUGGUCUCAUACUUUAUGAUGUUAAUGUAACGUAUUGUCCGGCGUAUAAGACGACCCCCAACUUUUCCAGUUAAAAUAUAGAGUUUGUGAUAUACUCGCCGUAUAAGACUACCCCUCUUCCAAUGCACACCAAAUAAAAAUUAGCGAUAAUGUACAGUGAGCAGACAGAGCUACACAGCAAGACAUUAAAUAAUGAUAAUCUGAAAUAGCAUUUAAAGCCCAGGUAUGUGCCAGGCUGUUUGGGCAUAUAAUCCAUGCCUGCUGGUCUAGCACACAGGAGGCUAAUUGCGAUAUAUUCUUUUUACUCCCCCCAUUCUUUUUACAAUUCUUUUUAAUCCCCCCCUCCAUUCUUUUUACUCUCCCCCUCCAUUCUUUUUACUCCACCCCCUGCCCCCCCCCAAUCCUCCCUACGUUCUUCUCACCUCCCCUUCCCUGUGCAGAGUGGGUGGCCGAGCUCCUCUUCGUCCUGUCAGUCCGGCCGGGUACCGCGCGUUACAGGAGAUUCAGUUACCUGUUCCCGGCCGGACUGAAAGGAAGUGAGCACUCAGUGUGGACUGACAGGACGAAGAGGAGCUCGGCCACCCACUCUGCACAGGGAAGGGGAGGUGAGAAGAGAGGCAGUGCGGCAGCCGUCUGAGCGCUCUCUAUAGAGCGCUCAGGCGGCUGCAGCAUUAGAAGGGCCGGCGAUGGGGGCGCAGGGCGCCCCCGGCAGCCAUAUAGACCCUAUACCCGGCGUAUAAGACGACCCCCGACUUUGGAGAAGAUUUUCCAGGGUUAAAAAGUCAUCUUAUACGCCAGAAAAUACAGUAUUUUUAUUUAAGGGACCUGCAUCACUUGGCUAUUAUUUUUUUUAAACCAGCAAGCAAACACUUUUUUUAAACCAAUAUACAUACAAAAAUAAAAAGCAAUAAAAAAAAUGGAAAAUAAUGUAAUAAAUAUGUCUAAAUUUCCUAUGAACAAUGCAGUCAGAUUGCAUUGUUGGGCACGCCUCUCAGAUAGGGGAGUUUCUUCAGCCUUCCCUCGUUUUCUCUUACCCACCCAUCUUCGUUUCAGACCAGUCCGUUAAUGACAGAAACAGGUCGUCAUUGUGCAGCAUUAGGAUAUAGAUACAGACACCCAAGCCUACUCUGCAUGAUCACACUGUUCAGACUCCCUCUCUUCUCCCCCGGGCAGUGUAUUGCAAGGUGAAGAGACCUUCUGUCUGCACAUGUGUAAAUCUGUUCGGCAAGCCAAAUGCACUUUUUCAGCAUUCCUAGGUUUUGGGCACUGGUUAGAUCAGUGUGCCCCUUGGAGUGGGUGUGGAAAACAUAUGAAAUCAGAAUCAGGUAAAAGGUUGCAGAGUGAGACAACUAUAUAAUUCAAAGCUAAAGCUGCUGGCUGAGACAGUAGUCUUAAAGUGAUGCAUGUCGCUUUAUUUCCAAAAAGGAUCCAAUACUCACAAAGUUUUACAGUAACCGGUUUAUUUUGCACACACUAGUUAUUUUAAGACAUUUUGAGUGCUGGAUCCUUUUUGCAGUUGCUGUCUCUUCAAUUUGAAAUUUGCAGCCCCGGGCUUUCUGUAACAAUCAGUCUGACCCCAUGUAGUUGGUGAAUGCCACCUCUUUUGUUUCUUUGUCUUUUUAUUAAGCAUCAUUAGCAUAUAAUAAUGAAAUAUUUAAUCAGAAAUGGCAAAUGUAUCCUGCCUCUGGCUUCCACAUACAUCCUUCUGUAACCACAUGUGGUUCCCUUAUUUACCACUAUAAUGUCUUAAAGCAUAGAACUUAGUAGGGCUAACCAUACAGAUAUCUUAGCCAUAAUUUUAUAUAGUCAGUAAGAGAUCCUUUAUUUAACAUAUAUAAAUAAUUGAGAAUACAAUAUAAAAUAAGGAUUGUCUUGGAAGCAAUAGUUUUGUCUUUUUUGGAUAUUUAUUAUAUAAAAAUAUCAAUAUAAAAUCCAUUAUAGCAGAGUUUAUAAGAUUAAAUUACAUGCUUGCAAAUAUCAUUAAUAGGUUAACAUACCCUUCUGAACAUGUCAUCAUGUCAGCUUCUCUUUCAUUUUAAGAUGGAGCAGCGUCUGUCUCCAAGUCUCUCCUCUGUUUCUUAACAUUUAAAAGUACACCUAUUUAUAACUUAGGUGUCUCCAUUUUAGGGUUACCGUAGUUCAUUUACUUUAUUCAUUUUAGGACCUCCCUUAAUUUGGCAAACAUACAAGGCCAUAACUAAAGGGUUCAAACAUCAUGGAAAUUUUCCUGACUUAGUUCAAGAUGGCAUCUUAAAGUCUGAAUAGGUUAUCUGUUGUUUAUACUAAGUCGUAAGUGUACAGUCGUGGGAGAUUCCAGGAUUUGGGGAAGUUCCAUUAACUUGGGGUUACCACAGUAUAUUGUGUACUGCAAGUGUCGUAGCAUAGCCUUGAAGCUUGUUUAUGCAUUAUUGUUAUUGUAAUUCGUCUGGGACAAAAUGGCGCAAACAUAUGCACUGAGGUUAUUACUUAAAGAAACAUCUAUGAAAAACAAUAUGUUCCAUUUCUAACACCUUGUCAGUUUGCAAUAUCUCUUAAAGACAAAGUACACAGUUUAAGAAAUACAACAUUUCAUUCUAAAACUUGUAGCAUUUGCCCGAAUGUUAAUAAACGGUUCUCACGCAGAAGGAUAAAAGUGUGAGUUAAAGGGGCGCACUCUAAACAACAUAACAGCUACCGAUCAGUGUAGCGGUUUUGUUGCUGGGCACUGUCCCAUGGCUUUUUCUCAAACUGUUUAGGAGUGGUUAGACCGGGACCACCCCUUCCGCUGCAUUGUGGGAAAGUCUGAAUUUAUGCUUCUGCGUUUGAAAGACAUUGAUUGGCUGAUACUUCCUUAGCACUCUCUUCCAAUCGCAGCACACAGCUUAGUUUACUACGCAGUGAACCAGGGUAUGUUUCAACUGUUGCCUAGACAUAGGUUUAGAUUACACUUUAUGUUUAGAUGAUUUUUAUUCAUAUGUUUAUACUGCAGGAAUAGCCGAGCUGGGAUUGCCCUUAUGGGGGGAUCAGUCUAUGCAGAUAGUAAAGAUUCUUGCUGUAGCACCAGUGAGCAAAAACGUUUCUGAUGCCUGAGCUAGAGAUUUUUUUCCAUUUGUAAUUGGGUUAUCCACUAAACCAGAACUUUUGGAACGCAUGGCCUGGGAAUUUCAAACUUUUAUGUAUCAGGAACUCCGCUAUUUCUUCAACUCUGUAUGUCAAACGCUGGAUUGCCUAAAAAAAAGUGUAAGGUAUUUCUCAAUAAACCACUAUUUUCAGUUCACUGAAUAUAAUCCAAAUUAUAUUAUGUAACUCAGGGCUAGACAAAUCCCAGGUCACCACGGCGACUAGGAAUUUUGUCCUUAGCACCACGUUCACUCCGAGGUGGCAGGCUGAGAGAGUGUGGAGACGAGGGAACUGUAAUCUUCUUGCUCUGCUCCCUCGCGCGCCAUUUAGUGAUGUCAGUAGCUCUGAUAUGGCAGUGUUUACAUUGAAAUCCUGCAGUGACAGGUUAUAGACACUAGAACAACUAGUAUACAAAAGUGCACUAUGAAACCAACCGGUGUACAGAGCAAAGUGUGUAGCGCUGAUUAAAAUUAGCACUUACCCCUAAGGGUUAACAAAGUGAUAUAGUAAAUUCCCUACAAGGGAAUAAAAUAGACACUAUAUAGUGUAGUAUAUUAGAGAAAUAGUGGUGUAAAUAAUCACAAUAAUGGAUCCACUCACAUGAUAUAGAGCCACUUAAGGACCGGCUCUGAUCUCUUCCACUUGUGUGUACUUAAAGGUGACACACACCUGUAUCAUCCGUAUCAAAUGCAGACCUCAAACAAAGACAAAGAGAGAAAAGCUUCUUUGGUGCAGAGAUCCCAAACAAAGUGUAUAUAGAUGAAAUGAAUUAGGGCUUCUCACCUUGUCCAGAGCCUUGAACUAGGCUCUGAGUAAAGAUAGCAGAUGUGACAGUAUAGGGUGUCACUACCCUCCUUUAUAGCAGCAUGGACAAUUCUUUGAAGAUUAAAAAUUAACAAGUAUUUAUUUAAAUAAAAAUAUAUAAAAUAACAGACCAAAUGUACAGUCUUGUUGUCCGAGACGCGUUUCGCUGAUCCUCAGCUUUCUCAAUCGGUGCCGUCCAUGCCGCCGGUCUUCUUUUUUAUUUCCUGGAUAGGAGGGGUUAGGGCUACGUCAUCCGUGAUACUGCCAACCACGGACGGCGUUGGGCGCAUGCGUCGUGCUGCGUAUUCUAACCUUUCGUGACGUCAUCGUGCACGAUGUAGCGUGCGUGUGACGUCACUUCCGGUUACACGAGAUGCCGUCCUCGUCAAUGUUCCCCACAAUUCGUGUGUGUUCUCUUAGGUCCGCCCCUUUUCCAUUCCCACCAUUUCAGUUCAGGGCAAGGUAUGGGCACAAUGGAAUGAAAAACUUCCAUUCCUAUUCGGCUGUGCUGUAUACCAUUUUACCCUAUACAUCCAUACUCAAGAAGGAGUAUAUACAUAAAAAGAAAAAGAGAAUAUAUACAAAAAUCAGAGUUCCAUCAAUCUUAAAGAUACAUCAACUAUAAAGUAUAAAAAACUGCAAUCUGCUUUAUUUAUAUGUCUUAAUGACGAUGUAUAGUAACCAUGUUGUCUUGAAUUAACAAAGAUAAAAUGUAUAGUUAACACUAAAAAAUAUAUAUAUAUUAAAAAAUAUAUAUAUUAAAAGUAUCAUUAAAUAUUAGGAAAUAUUAAAAAGUAUUAAAAACUAUAUGUAUGUAUAAAAAGUCACCUAAUAUAUGGUGUCUAUUAUAAAAAGUGACAUAACUCAAAAUCGUCAUUAAGCCCAUAUGGUUGCAUAGUGUUUAAAUUAAAAAUCCAUUGCAUCUCUGUUUGUCCUAUAUGUUUCAACAGAUCUCCACCUCUCCAAUUCACAACAAUUCUUUGUAUUCCUAUAAAAUUCAUUAAGUGGGGAUCACAAUUAUGUUUUUCUUUAAAGUGCAGUGAAACGCUAUGUUUUUCAAACCCUUUUUUGAUGUUUCGUAUAUGUUCCUGUAUCCUGGUGUUUAAUGUUCUUAUGGUUCUGCCUAUAUAGGCUAGUCCACAGGGACAAGUGAUCAUGUAAAUAACCUUGUUUGAGUGGCAAGUGAUCAUUUGUUUGAUCUUAAAUUGUUUAGUUCCAUUCCCUGGGGGAUUAAAUUCUGUUGUGUGGCAUUUUAUACUGUUGGUGCCCCUGCAGGCUCCACAUGUGCCGCAGCCAUAAAAUCCGUAUGAUUGGUUAAGGAAAUGUUUCGUUUGUUGUUUAGGUGGUAUAUGGUUGUGUGUCAAACUGCUCUUUAAAUUACGUACUCCCCUAUAGGUAAUUGUGGGUUUUUCCGGAAGAAUGGAGUUAAGCAUAGGAUCACCCAUUAGAAUAGACCAAUGUGUUUGUAUGAUUUUUUUCAGAUGUCUAUUGUUGCUGUUGAAGUCACAGAUAAAAUUCAGAUUCUGAAAUUCUGGGUCUGUUUUCUUAUCUUUAUAUUUAAUUAGUUCAUUCCUAUCAAUGCUAUCGACCUCUAUGUAUGCUUUCUCUAGAAGUUCUUUCUUGUAUCCUUUUUCACUAAAAUCAUUGAUAAUUCUAACUGAUUGUUCCCUAAAUUUAUCUUCUUCAGUGCAAUUUCGUUUAAUCCGUAAAAGUUGUGCCUUAGGUGCGUUUAGCAACCAAGGUGAGAAGUGGCAGCUAUUUUCGCAUAUAUAGCUAUUUACAUCUACUUUCUUAAAAAAAGUGCAAGUUUUCAAUACACCUCCCUCUAUAUAUAUAUUAAGGUCCAGGAACUCGACCGAAGUUUUACUAGAGUUGCAAGUAAGGCGAAUACCCCAAUCAUUUGUAUUAAGGUGGUUUAGAAAACAAUUUAAAGAAUCCUGGUCUCCUCUCCAAAUAAAAAAUAUAUCAUCGAUGUAACGGCGAUAGGUAACGAGGCCCGCAGCCCACCCAUCAUCGUCAUGGAUAAACUCUUGUUCCCAGAGUGCCAUGAACAGAUUGGCGUAGCUGGGCGCGAACCUCGUUCCCAUCGCCGUUCCACAUGUCUGGAGAUAAAACUGCUCCUCAAACCAAAAAUAAUUGUUUGUGAGGAUCCAUUCUAUACCCUCAAUUAUAAAGUUGAUAUGUUUCUCAGAGAAUUUCUGUGAUUUUUCUAAAAAGAAUUUGGUAGCUCUGCAACCCAUAUCAUGAGAAAUAAUCGUAUAUAACGAACUAACGUCGGCUGUCACGAGAUGAUAAUUAUCAUCCCAUGUUAUGUCAUUUAGAAUUUGUAAUAUAUGAAUGGUAUCACGUAAGUAACUAGGACUGGUACUUACAAUGGUUUGUAGGCAUCUAUCGAUAUACUGGGAUAAUUUACUAGAGAUAGAUCCAAUCCCUGAGACAAUAGGUCUCCCGGGUGGUCUAUCUCUAUCCUUAUGUAUCUUCGGGAGAUAGUAAAAUACUGGAAUUUUUGGGUGUGAUACAUUAAGGAAUUUAUAUUCCCGUUGAUUUAAAACUCCUAGUGCUUUACCUUUUUCAAUAAGGAUGUUGUAACUAUUAGUGAUGUCCUUAGUGGGGUCUUUCGGUAAGAUUUGAUAUGUGUUACGAUCAUUCAAUAAUUUUAAGGAUUCUUUUACAUAUUCCUCUAUGUCUAGGAUGACUAUACCUCCUCCCUUGUCUGCCGGUUUAAUCACUAUAGUGUGAUCUUCUCUUAAUUCUCUUAAUGCUGUUCUCUCUUUAAAACUUAGAUUAUUGUUCUUAGGUUUUUUGACUUUUUGAAUAUCCCUCAUAACCAUUUUUUCAAAGGUUAUCAUCUCAUUUGAGAUGCAACCCUUUGGAAAAAAUGUGGAUUUCGCCUUUAGAUCCGUAUGAACAAUAUCCCCCUCUUGACUCAUCCCUUGGACCCUAGUUAAUGGUGUCUUCAUAAAAAUUUUUUUGAUACAUAGUUUUCUCUUGAACCUAUUUAAAUCUAGAUAUACGCUGAAUUUAUCAAGUGGUUUUGUGGGUGCGAACUUCAAUCCUUUCUGUAACAAUGCUAUUUGUGAUGGAGUUAGUUCUCGUUUAGAAAGGUUGAAAAUCCCGUUCUCCUUGGGUAUUUUUCCCUCCUUUCUUUUUUGUAUACGUAUCCCUCCUCUAACUCCCCUUCUUCUAAACUCCGUCUUCUCUUUCCUGGGGACAUAUGGUGCAUAGGGGAGUCCUUGUGGCGUCCCUUCAUGUGGCCAUUCCAAAAAUCCUCACCAUUGGUGGAUGUCGCCAAUGGUAAGAAUCUAUUGUGUGUAGAAUUUUCCCUAUCUUUAUAUUUAUUUCUAUGUAUAUCCAUAUUUUGAGUGUUCUUUAUCAUUAAGUUAGAUCUUGGUGAUCUCUCUUUUUGUCUAAUUGGGGAUCUUAAUUGUUUCCUCCUUACUACUUUCUCCCAUUGUGGUUGAACAUUGGCAGGUGGUUUUGAUCUUUGUGGUAGACCUUCCUGUGACUUCUCUCUUCUAUGGUCUUUUAAAUGUUUAUUACGUAAGGGUGUUCUCCUAACUGUAGGGCUAUUGUUUCUCCCCCUGCGGUAAUAGUGCUGGCUGUUAUCCCAAUCAUUUACCAUUUGGCCAUUAUUUGUCUGAAACCUAUUGUUUCUCUUUGUAUGUGUUCUAACUUCCCCCCUUGCAUAGUCUUCUUUAUCUCUCUGGUAUUUUCUUUUCUUAAUGUCUAUUACACUUUUCUCUAGUUUUUCUAAAUUGGUCUGGAUGUCUAUUAAUGUAUUGGAAUAUUGUUCUGAUGACAUAUGUUCCACUAGGGAAUUUUUUGUCUCAUUAAUUUCUACAUCGAGCUUAUGCAAUGUCUGUGUACGUCUUUUAAUAAUCAGGUUCAUCAUUCCAAAUGAAAAACUCUCCAAGAGGUCUGACCAACUAGAACAACUACAUUAGGCUGCAGUUUAUCUAGUGACUAUAGUCUCUCUUUAAGAAUUGUAUAUUUUUCUUUAAAAAUAAAGCUUUAUUAGUUUAAAAAAACCUGGAUCCUAACUAGUUUAGUUGGUGCUUAGAUUCAAACCAAGUUUGUCAAGUCCUGCUGUGAAUAGCAAAAUGUAUAUUUGUCCCAAAUUGCUGUGAAUUGUGGUCAUUUAAAAUUGGCCGUUUACAUUUAAUUUUUUUCUCUUUAGACGGAAACAUUUAGAAAAUAUUAGCUAGCCCUUCGCUUGGAAAUAAUGUGUUGUAUAAUUGUUGGUAAAACUAUAGAAUAUAAGUUUGGAUUGCUUUUGAUGCAUAUCUAUAAUUUUUUUUUUCUAAAUAUUUUGCCAGCCAGACUCCCAGAAGAACUAUGCAAGCUGAAAAAGUUGGAAACUUUGCAUCUUUCCGGAAACCAAAUCAGCCAGCUGCCGGCUGAUUUUGGCCAGCUUUCUGCAUUAAAGACCCUAAACCUCUCAGGAAACCAACUGCGAGCUAUACCAUCCCAGCUCUGCACCCUGCGACACCUAGAUGUAGUGGACCUUUCUAAAAACAAGAUUCAGGCUAUACCAGACGAGGUUUUGGGAGUGCAAGCCAUCGAAAUAAACUUAAAUCAGAAUCAGGUAAGUGAAAUAGUUGAAUGUCAAAAAAUAAAAUUUACACACAGGAAGGUAAUAAAGAAAUCUUUGCAUUAUUAAAGAGGUAAAUUAAACACCAUAACCACUACAACUCAUUGUGCGGAUUAUGGUGAGUGUCAGCCCCGAAUUUCAUAGUCCACCCUCUUUAGCUAUACUGAUAAUGCAGAAAUUACACGCUUGCACUGUUAACUGUAAUUUCAUCCAAUCUUGAAGGUAAAUGUAGGUGGGUGGGUUAGCACAGCACUCUUAGUCCAAGGAUGGACAGAUUUUCACUUUAUAAAUUCUGCAAUUCAGGGGAAAAACCUGGAUUAAUGGGACACUAUAGUCACCCAGACCACUUCAGCUCAAGGUCCCUCAUGUUUUAACCCUGCAGAUGCAAACAGUUUACAUCGCAGGGUUAAAGGACCACUAUAGUGCCAGGAAAACAUACUUGUUUUCCUGGCACUAUAGUCCCUGAGGGUACCCCCACCCUCAGGGUCCCCCUCCCGCCGGGCUCUAGGGGGUGGAAGGGAUUAAAAUGACCUCUUUCUCCAGCGCCGGGAGGGGGACUGUCCGCCUCCUCCCCUCCUCCUCAGCUGAAUGCACAUCCGCGGCAAGAGCGGCGCACGCAUUCAGCCAGUCUCAUAGGAAAGCAUUCACAAUGCUUUCCUACGGACGCUGGCAUCUUCUCACUGUGAUUUUCACAGUGAGAAGCGCGGAAGCCCUCUAGCGGCUGUCAAUGAGACCGCCACUAGAGGCUGGAUUAACCCAUAUGUAAACAUAGCAGUUUCUCUGAAACUGCUAUGUUUAUAGAAAAAAGGGUUAAACCUAGCUGGACCUGGCACCCAGACCACUUCAUUAAGCUGAAGUGGUCUGGGUGCCUAUAGUGGUCCUUUAAGUCCAACAUUCCAGGGAACCUUUAAGUUGUCUGCUAGAGGGUUUUUGGAACAGUAGUCUGCAGAAUUAUUUGCUAGAUUGUGAAUUGCUGGGUUGCAUUCAGAUAAGGAGUCAGUAAGUCUCUCUGGUCUCCCCCCGUAGUGCCUUAUAUAGGGAAACACACAUGAUGGGAACUAACAUACACUAGGUGAAAGUACUGGCAACAGCAUAGAGGUCUGGGUGAUGCCUAAUAAGGCAUUGUGAGAGCUGAAACAUAGCUUGUAUCACGGAGCCUCGAGAGAGAAAACGAGAAUACCCAAACACAGGUGUAAUCACUUACCCAAUGGGUCCAGUGACCUCCCAUGUUGUGGCUUUACUUGAGGAGCAGCACCGCAGAGUCCUUGCUGGACUUUGCAAAAAGGGUGACACGGCAUUGGAUGUGGAGGGGAUGGUGGAUCUUCACCAAUAGUGUCAGCAUUAUGGAUUAGGAAGGCUCCUACCAUACCUGUGGAUGAACCCAAGGAUAUAAUUGCUGCCAUUCAGGACAUCUGUCAGAACAGGCAUUGUGACUAAAUAGAAAAUAUCCCUAGGUCACUGCAGAAAAUGGUUCUAUAAAGGUCUUUGAUGAGCUAGAAUUCUCUCUCCUGAUAGACUUCAGUUCAUGCCAGUCACCAAGCUAUUGAGGGAACGGAGCAUCGGGAACCCUAGUGGACCCACGGGGAAAACAUGCAGAUCUCCUACGUUGACGCCCGUGGUGCCAGUGGGAGUUGCGGCUUCAGGGCGACUCCCUCUGACAGACCAGGGGACUCCUAGCACUGUACCCAUUACAGUUCUGUGUAGGGAUUGUGGUGCGUAGAAAAGUAUGAACUUUCUUUGUUUAGCUUUUUCAGCUUUAAGAAUAUCAUUUCAGUUGUUACUUAUUCUCAAGUUAUAUCUGCAGAUUCGAAUUAUGGAAUAUAUUUAAAAUUUUCCAACUGCCUCACAGACUUUAAGACAUUUCUCCCAUUUUUCUUUGUUUUGCAUUCGAUAAUGUAACCAUAUACUUUCUUUCCUGCAGAUAUCUCAAAUCUCUGUGCAGAUUUCACACUGUCCACGUCUCAAGGUUCUACGUCUGGAGGAGAACUGCCUGGAGCUCAGUAUGUUACCCCAGAGUAUUCUUAGUGACUCACAGAUAUCCCUACUUGCAGUGGAGGGAAACCUUUUUGAAAUAAAAAAGCUCAGAGACCUGGAAGGCUAUGAAAAGGUCAGUGGUCUAGGACCGUAGCAUGCCCAGCUCAUGUCUAUGUGUUAAAACCGUUUGCUCUGGAAAUUACUGAAUAUAUUAAUGUACUGUUAUGUGUCAGAGAGAAUUGCUCUGGAUUCAAUAUAAAUGAAUCUAAUAAGAAAGCAGUCAAAAUGGAAGUUCCUUAAUACAUGUCCAAAAUAUAUAUAUUAUACAGGAAUUUUCUAAAUUAAAUAUAUGUAUACAUGAUUGGAAUGUUGCCAGAUCACCUUAGUAUGGCAUGAGAAAACCAACAAAACUUAAUUUAAAGCAGGCUUCCCCAAACUCCGGCCCUCCAGAUGUUACUGAACUACAACUCCCAUGAUUUUAUGAAUGAAAUAGGCUGAGAAUCAUGGGACUUGUAGUUCAGCAACAUCUGGAGGGCCGGAGUUUAGGGAAGCCUGAUUUAAAGGACCACUCCAGACUCCAAUAGAACUUAACUGCUUUUUUUUUUUUUUUUUAUAGAUUUUGGCCACAAUAAUAUGCUGUAUUUGUUUGCAUGGUCAAAUCGUUAUAUAUUUUGCACACACAGUUGAGUUUAUUUUUUGCUCAAUGCUGCACCAUAAGCCUGCCUCCUUAGCCACGCCCACCAUGCCGGGAGAAUACUUCCUUGUCAAAUGUAUGCACAAAGUCCCAGACCCAAGAGGAUUGAGUGACCUGUUUUCAAUUCACAACCUGACUGCAGACAGACGCUUUAAAGAGUUUGUGACAUCCUUACUAUAAAUUUCCCUUGGUGUCCUCGCCUAAUGCAGGUUGAAUUGUAGUUAAAGGACCACUAUAGUGCCAGGAAAACACUUGUUUUCCUGGCACUAUAGUGCCCUGAGGGUGUAUAGUGAAUUACCCGGACGGAUUUGCAGAGCGCCUGUGGUUGUGGUUACCAAGUUUGAUAGCAUACAUAUAUUUACAGAAUUGGCAUGGAGAUCCCUGCUUGUGCAUAGGGCAUGUAUUUCUGUAAGUGGAUGGGGGGCAGCAAACAGCUUUUCCUUUAAAAAUCUCUCUCCACUUUGUGUUAAUACAUUUGUAUGUGGUUUACGUCACUUUCACAUUGCCAAGCAUAAUUCCAUCCAGGCUGUGUAGCAAUGAUAUACUGAGAGCUAUGUACUAAAUCACCCCCAGAAAUUCCUAACCUAGGAUUGCUGUCCAGCAAGGACAGAAUUUCACUUGGAAGUGUUGAUUCCAUAUUAUCAGUGUAGCUGCCAGUGAGCUACGUUUUUUGUAAGGUCUCUCAAACUGACAAACUUCGGAAAAUGUCACUAAACCUACGUCACCAUAACCACUCCAAUGAGCUGUUUGAUGGCUCCAUUUUGACAUAAUCCACUAUUGACUUUUUUCCAAGUUACAAACUAUUUUUAAAUAUGUUAAACAGCAUAAAUAAUGGAAUGACUUUUCUUUCAGUACAUGGAACGGUUUACAGCGACCAGGAAGAAGUUUGUAUGACUACCACGUACACCAGAUAGAGACUUUUAUGGCGACACCAUGCCUAAAGCCAGCCAAGCCCUGGAUGUACAGUUUACAGCUUGCAAAGCCCCAGCUUACCAAGAGCCAAAAACACUAAAGUAUCUACACUCUUAUGGGACACAUUUAAAGACCGCUAGCUGAACAUUUAACAAACCGGUAGUAUCCUUCCAGCUAUAUAGUGAAGCAAUUGCUGAAUCUGUUUAAGGGGACCUUACAUCGAGCAGGAAUAUUGUAUAUGUAUUAAUGUAAUAUAAACAUUUUCUAAAGGUUAAUAUAAAGCAAUGGCUUACUGGUUUUUAAUGCAGCCGAUGACCGCAAAUUGAAUUAAAGUUAAUUAUUUGCUUGGAUACAAGUUUAUAUCCAUCCAUUUCAGCACAUCAUGUUAAUUUAUUAUGGGAAUGAAAAUAAACUCAUAUGUUAAUAUGGGGAACCGUUCUGCUUAUUCUGAAAAACUCGACCGUAGCGGUUAGAGGGCUUCACCCAGAAAUGACUGGUUAAAGAGCAAACUUGCAAUGUGUACAGCUUAGCUAUUUUAUGUUUUGCAGUUUGUUUACUAAAACUUGAUGUUUAGUGAAUAAACUGCACAGUAUCUUACCGACACCAAACGUGCUUAAUGUUGGAGAGUAUUCUGUGACCGUGUGUGAUUUCAAAGUAAUUUGCAGUCAACUCACAGUGCCCAUUAAGGUACAGUAUGCCAGGUCUGUUGUCCCCAUGUCGUUCAUUGCAGUAGGGCCAAAUAAAACAAACAGGAAGACUUGUCCCCAACAGUAUGCCCUUUGGCCCUUUUCUUUGCUUUCAGAAUACUUUUGGUGCCGACCGCCUGAUCAUUAAUAAACAAUAUCCUUAAAGGGAGCGGCUACAAAAGGCAUUUUAAAUAGCACUGUGGACAGAGUGAGCAUUACACAAAACACUCAAACUGUUUAAUGACAAUUUCCCAAACACAUCUGGAAGCUAUAAAAACCAUAUAUGGCAGUUAUACAUCACCGUAACCUUGUAACUCUCUAAUGCUGCUCAGCGAUAAAGAGGAAUUCCACAAGUCUUA